GGGACAUGGAUCAAACCGCUGCCGGUGGUAGCACAUCGACAACGGUAGUAGCGGCAGGUGUAACAUCUAUUGCCAGUACUAGUAGUGUGAUAGUCCAGAGUGGUCAGGAAGAAGGGAGCUCCAGUAUUGCUUUGGGUGGUGGUAUUCAAGCGACAGUAACAGCAGCAGGCAGUGCGGGUGCAAUAGGAACAUCACAAAUUUCGGGACCUGGGACAACCCCUCUUUUGGUGGAGAGUCAACAACGUUCGAUUUCGGCGGCACCUUCAGCAACACCGAGUCCAGUAUUAAGUCCUCCAGGAAAGAUCUUUGGAAGAAAUUCAAACGGAACAAUGGUAGCAACAUCUGCACCAAGUAACGAAGCUGAAUUGCAACUAUACAGAGUCCUGCAACGAGCAAGUCUUUUAGCAUAUUACGACACACUGUUAGAGAUGGGUGGAGACGAUGUCCAACAACUUUGCGAUGCUGGAGAAGAAGAAUUUUUAGAAAUAAUGGCUUUAGUGGGCAUGGCUUCUAAACCGCUCCACGUACGUAGAUUACAGAAGGCCUUACAUGAAUGGGCUAACAACCCUCUUGCAUUUCAGACGCCGCUACCUAGUGUGGAUCCUAGUCAAAUUAUGUACAGUCCUGAACCCUCCACAUCCCGUAGUAAAUUCAUGGUUUCUCCUGGAUUCACCCCCACUCCACUUAUGGGAGCGGCGCCUCACGGUACUGUUGGUCUUACUACCCUUACAACACCUACAGGAAUUCCUUCUCAAGUCACCUCCAGCUCGCCACAAUUGACGCCUACCCUAACUGAAGCUCAAGUCGUCCGAUUGAGUAUGGCUGCUGAAAAAUUGGCCAGAGAAUUACCUCAACCAGAACCACGACCUCAUAGUUCCAAAAAACGAACAAGUCGAGAAAUUGAACAAGUUAUGGCGAUGAGUGAAAAUGACCCCCGACGAAUGGAUGAAAUUCGAAAAUAUGCUGCAAUUUAUGGAAGAUUUGAUUGCAAAAGACGUGCUGAGAAGCCGCUGACAUUACAUGAGGUUUGCAUCAAUGAAGCUGCUGCACAAAUUUGUCGUUUUGUGCCACCAUUACUCACCCGAAGGGAUGAACUCUUCCCAUUGGCACGAAGAAUAGUGAAAGACUGCGGCUUUGGACACUCAGCCAGCAUAGCCCGUUUUGGUCUGGUCCAGCAGCAGUCCAGGUUAGAUGAAGGGGAUUUAUCUAGCGCUGGAAAACGUCAACGACUGUCUGGCGAAACUACAAGCAUGUCAUCAGAUUAUAGCAAGGACAUCAUGGAAGAGUCACGGAACAAUAUAUUUGCGAUGUACCAGAAACUUGGACGACCGUUUGAUUUAUCAGAUAUUACAAAGUUCUCACAAUCACGUUCCGACUUUGAAGAUAACGACAAUGACUCUAGAUUUUCGUUCAGUAACUCAAGCUCCCCACCACUCCAGUUAAAUGGAUCCGAAGUGGAUACAACAGCAUCAGGAAAUGUAGCCCCAGUCAGAGAACCUUCCUGCGACAAUGGACGAGAUGAGGGUCAUAAGUCACCGCUUCCGUGUACCUCGGAAAUCCUACCUACCUCCCCUUUGGGUGUUCAAGUUAUUGCUGCAUCAGGCGGCCAUAUUAUUGCAGUAGCGAAUCCUGCACUGGCUAUGAGCCCAGCUUUGAAUGAAUCAUUGACUAUCAAAAGGGAAGCAGUGUCACCAGAUAUUUGAAGCUGAAGGAACAAGGAUAUCAGUAUUAAGAUUUGUGAGGUUUCACCAUUUUGAUUUAAAAUAACAAUCAAAAAUUGAUUGAUUCAAUGAUUGAUGAUUAAUGAUAGAUUAAUCAAUCAAAAAAAUAUGCUUGUAAGUAAUCAAAG